GCUUUAUUAUGAAGUCACUUCAUUGAAGUGUAAGAGUUUGGUGGUGAAGAUGAGAUUGAAACUCAUAUGAAUCUAUAUGCUAAGCUAUUGAGAACGAGGUCUCAUUUUGGUAUAGAAGAAAGAACCCGUUGCAUUCAGCAACACAUCCGCCUGCCUGGUCUGACUUCGUUUAUUGCCAGCCGAGAAGAGAGAGAGACCACAAACAACAAGUGGAAUUCGAGUCUGUUGUUAAAUUUAACUGAAACCACAAAUUAAAUAUUUUUGUGCGCUUAAUUGAACAGUUGGUUAAUAAAGUGGAAUAGUAGUUUUUUUGGUGGGGGGACGACGACGGAAGGAAAAGGAAAGGUGACGAAUUGGUGUGUGUAAUUAGUAGAGUUAAUCACUUGGAAGGUGGAAGGAGAUCUAUUAUAGGGAAGGAUUUGUUGUGCGACUGAUGCUGAUAAGGAGGGGCUUAUCUGAGCUGUGUGGUGACUCUUAUCCAUCCAGUUGUUUGUAGGGAGUUUGGUAGUAUUGACAUUGUGACAUUGGUUUUGUUUCGUGCGCCGUCUUUCUCUUUCUUAUCGAUCGAUAUCGUCCAAGUAUCGAAUAACAAAUUAUCAUUGUUAAUUCCAAUCUGGUGGAGAGUGCUUAUAUAUAUAUAUGUAUACGUUACUUUGAAGCUAAAAACGAAGUUAAGUUGUGCGACUGUAUAGUGAAAAAGUUGGCGAUUAAAUUGGCAAAAUAAAUUUAUCAAUAACGAUGUCGUCAAAAACGAGCAGUCGGAUAACAUCAUCCUCAUCUUCUGGAGCUGCCAAAUUGGUGGAUGAGUCGCAUAUGAAGACCCUCCGCGAGUUGGUCCAGCUGCAGGGAAAUCGCCAUUGUUUCGAGUGUUCGCAAAGAGGGCCGACCUAUGUCGACGUUACGAUCGGAUCCUUUAUUUGCAUGACCUGCUCAGGACUGUUGCGAGGAAUAACGCCACCACACCGAGUCAAAUCCAUCUCGAUGGCCACCUUUACUCCCGACGAGAUCCAGUUUUUGAGGACGAGAGGAAAUGAGUACUGUCGGAAAGUUUGGCUGGCCACGUACACAUCUCGCGAUUCCAAUCUCGCCUCUUCUGCCACCACAGAGACGGACAGUGAUAAAAAGAACACGUUAAAGAGCCACAUGUCCGCAAAGUACGAACAGAAGAGGUAUUACCUCGACCCCUCGAAAAUCCCAGACCUGCAUAACAAUGACGUGGCGUCAUUCUCACUCUCCGGGGGAUCAUCUUCGGGCUCUUCCGUUUCGAAUAGAUCACCCUCCCUUUCUUCCGCUUCGUCCGGUUCAUCCCUCUCACAGGGUGUCCAUACCAGCGCCAACGGUAACAACGCUCCCAGUCCUAUCAUGAACAACUUGCGGAAUAACGCCUCCCUCAUCUCCGCUUCCGGUCUGGGUGCACAUCACAAUGGAGCAGGUGGAGGAACACCUUCGUCAAGGCUGGUCAACUCACAGACGUUACCGGAUAUAAAGCCCCUCUCGUCCCUCCUCCCCCUGCAGCCCAUUAACUUUAUCAACAACCUGUCCAAUCCCGUGGUCCAACAGCAUGAUGAUAAAAUAAUCAACACAAACCACCAACUACAGAAUGGGAGCAGUAGUAGUAGUAAUAAAGAUCCUUGGGCAGUAGGUGAUGGAGGGGCUGCUACAAAUGGUUUCAAUGCAAACUUUGCCAAUUUCGAUGAAGCAUUUUCUUCCCCAGAAAAUGGGAGCGUGUCCUCCCCGAAUUUCGACCCCUUCUCGAAUUCAUCAAAUCACAGCAAGAAUCACAGCAUAAGCCGCAACAAGCCGAGCAACAUUGUGCUAAAUGGAGGUGAUAAUUCUAUAAAUUUUGGUGGAUUUGCCACCUUUGAUAAACCUCUGCUUCCAAUCUCUCACCAAAAUCAAAAUGGAGGAAAUUUAAACAACGAUCUGAAUAAUGGUCACUAUGGACAAAAUGGCACUGGAGGAGGAAGUGCGGGCGAUAGAUACGCUGCAUUGAAAGAUUUGGACGAAAUAUUUAAACAAGGAAGUGACUCUGGCGAAAUUGCAAAAAAUACGACACCCCAAACUAACGGAACAUCAAACAACACACAUCACACCGGACUGAGCAAUUCCACCUCGAUGCCUGCCAAUUUGUCCUCCUCAGGAAACAAUGGGUGGUCAUCCCUCGUCUCGCCCGGUCACAACCAGCAACCGAAUCCAUUCUCAAUGUUUGGGACAUCACCCAACAGUUCUGGCUGGGGUGCCGGUCCGACUCCCCCCACGAUGAAUCCAUUCGCCGCAGUUGUGGGAGUAUCAUCCUCGCCCGCCACGUCCUCUUGGUCCGGUCCCCCUAGUCAAGGUCAUCAAGGAAACUUUCUCUUUAGUGGUCACUCUCAACAUCAGUUUGGUCCAUCUUCAUCGUCUCAAAUGUUUAACCCAUUUGCCACCACAGCCACGACUGCGCCCAGCUCAAAUCCCCAUAACCCCUUCCUCUAAAAAAAAGUUUAGUGGAAACCCCACUAAAAAUGAAUCUGUCUGACCAAUCUGCAAAACGAAAUCUCUCCUCACCAAUGAUUCACGAACGACGAGACGUUAACUUAUAAUUAUUAUUAUAUAAAUUGUUAUAUAAUUGUUGCCAUAUUUUAUUAAGUAAGGCUGACUUUCUCUCCGAUUAGGUAGAAGUUUAUUGUUAGAUAGAGUUAGAUGAAAAUUAAUUCAGAUUAGUGUUAAUUUUUCUCCGUCUUGGAAUUAUACUUGGAACAAGAAAACUCUUCCGGUUCCGGUAGUGAAGAUAGCGUAUAGUUCCACAUAUUAUAUGACGUUUUCACCUUAUCUUCCAUUAGGCAGAGAGAAAUCGAAAUCUAAUCUCAUCUCCGGAUUAACAAAUCCCCCAUUUAAUACUGUGCUGACCAGACCCUAUUAUCAUUAGUUUAUAGUUGUGUGGGUGGGGUGGGAAUUUAUCAUGGUGAUUGCGAUGACGAUGCGUUAAACUUUAUUAUAAUCUGUGAGAUAAGUCUGGUUCGGUUUUUUUGUUAUGUUUUUUUUUCGUUCUGAUAUAUAAUUUAGAUAGUUUUGAGAUCUCGCAUUUAUGUAGAAGGUUUCGUCUUCUUGACGUAACCAUAAUUUGGGUGAUGAUUUAAUGUCAGAUUAUUAUUAUGACUAUUCGAUGAAUGAUUACUUAAUUAAUCAAUUAACUAUGAUUAUUUAAAUACUUAUUAUUAUGUAGAUGCUACUAUUGUUUAUUACUUGUAGAAAGGAAGGGAUGGAGGUUUUUGAGAAAGCGUGCGGUUAUCAAAACUUGUGUGAAAGUUGUACCUGUUCUAAAAAAACUGGAAGCCUUGUUCUCCCGUAACUAAAAGUGUAAUUAAUUAAUUUCCUAACUUGGUAAUUAAAGUUGGAAAUAAAUUUAAUUAGAUUUAUUAUGAUUUGGAUUGGAGAUUUCGGAUUGGAGCGGAUGUGAAUGUGAUGAUGAUUGAUUCGAAUAAAAUUAAUUUAAAAAAUAAUUUGUCAA